AUGGGUAUCCUCGAUAUUGUUCCUGCUGGCGUCGUCACUGGCGACAACAUGCGCAAGCUUUUCGCUUACGCUCGUGAGCACAACUUUGCCAUCCCUGCCAUCAACUGCACCUCCACCAGCACCAUCAACGCUGCUCUUGAGGCUGCUCGUGACAUCAACUCCCCCAUCAUUAUUCAAUUCUCCAACGGUGGUGCCGCUUACAUUGCUGGUAAGGGCUUGAGCAACAAGAACCAAGAAGCCUCCAUCAUUGGUGCUGUUGCUGGUGCUCAGUACGUUCGUGCUGUUGCCAAGGCCUAUGGUAUCCCUGUUGUUAUUCACUCUGAUCACUGUGCCAAGAAGCUUCUUCCUUGGUUCGAUGGUAUGCUUGCUGCUGAUGAGGAAUACUUCAAGGCCCAUCAAGAGCCCCUCUUCUCUUCCCACAUGCUUGAUUUGUCCGAAGAGCCCAAGGAAGAGAACAUUGAGAUCUGCCUCAAGUACUUGAAGCGCAUGGCACCCAUUGGUUGCUUGCUUGAGAUGGAGAUUGGUAUCACUGGUGGUGAAGAGGAUGGUGUCAACAACGAGGGUGUUGACAAUGCUGCCUUGUACACUCAACCUGAGGACAUUUGGGAUAUCUACAAGGCCUUCUCUGAAGUCACUGAUUUGUUCUCUAUUGCUGCUGGUUUCGGUAACGUGCACGGUGUGUAUGCUCCUGGCAACGUUCGUCUCCACCCUGAACUUCUUGGCAAGCAUCAAGCUUACGUCAAGGAACAACUUGGUGACAAGUGUGAUCUUCCCAAGCCUGUCUUUUUCGUGUUCCACGGUGGCUCUGGUUCCAACGAAGAUGAAAUCAAGACCGCUGUCGAAAACGGUGUUGUCAAGAUGAACGUUGAUACCGACACUCAAUGGGCCUACUGGGAUGGUCUUAAGAACUACUAUGAGGGCAAGAAGGAAUACCUUCAAACCCAAGUUGGUAACCCCGAUGGCCCUGGUAAGCCCAACAAGAAGUACUACGACCCCCGUGUCUUCAUCCGUGAAGCUGAAAAGUCCAUGGCCAAGCGUGUUCAACAAGCAUGCAAGGAUUUGGGCAAUGUCAACACUUUGUAA